GUAGGGUGUCACCAGAGCUAUUUUGGCAAUGUACAGCCGCUAAUGAUUGUGAUCACAGAGCGGAGCGCGGAGCAGUUGCUUCGCUUUCCUUUUUUCCUCCCAGCGAGUUUGAUCGUGCAGCUCUCGCCAGCGCUGCAGGGAUUAGAGAGUUAACCGAAUGGCACGUCGGCUGCGCUUACAAUUUGCGUCGAGGAGAAGCAACACGGACCCUCUGUCAGAAAGCCUCAGCAGCCACGGCGAGGAGAGUGGAGUCGGUGCGUCAGCUCGGAGCGCCGCAGAGAGUCCGGCGCACGGCUCUGUCCACUUUAAGGUGACGCCGCUGUCCCCAGACUAUGCUAAUCCACAGCGGCACUCUUCAGUAUUCAUACCCAGGGUUAACACUGGAGGAUUUAAUAAGAAGAGCACUCUACAGAUCUUGCUGCAGCCUCGUGGAAAGCUUAGUGGAGAGCGAGAUGGCAGUAUAGAGGAUGGAGACCCAGGGGCCAGAGGAGGAGGAGGAGGAGGAGGAGGAGGAGCGGGCGGUGGCUCUGGCGGAGGCUCGUGCAGCAGCGGCAUGGCCAGCGAUGCCGGGUACUGUAGCAGCAACAGCAUCUUUGAGCCAGAGGCGUCAGAAAAGCACAGGACCACCCAGGAGAGGAGUCGACUCCGCUGCAAGUCAAAGGUCCCGUUGAGACGGUGCUACUCCUUGGUUAUAUUUCAGAAGAGCCCCUGCAACAGCCCGCCUGCUUCUCCAGUCUGCCCAAUGGCUCUGUCUGCUCUCCCACCCGUGAGGGGCUCUCAUCAGUCAUCGCCACAGACAGUAAAUUGCAAAGAGUCCACUACCACAGCGGUAAGCGGCCAGCGUCUCCCUAAAGGAAGCUGUUCCGCCGAGUUAAGGGACAUCAAGCACGUGGUGCAAUUUAAAAUUCCUUUCCAGGAAGAGCCAACAUGCAAAAUGGAGGACAGGAGUAAAAUCAGGGAAACGUCGUUAUCUUCAGACCGAUCGAAUCGGCACUCCAGCAGCGUGCUGCUGCACUUUGCCCACCAGAGACCAAUAGUGUCCGGCAAGGGAGCUGCAACCUCGGCUAAUGUGGAUAAUCCUGAGGCUCCUCACCACCCCGAUGGUGGACACAACCCUCGGAGAACACUGUACCGCAGUACUUCUGCCUGUUUGCUCUCCUCGACGAAACCAACAGAGAAAAAGGUCUGUUCAUCAGGGAAAGGACAGGAAGGGCCUGAGGAAAACAAUUGUCCCCGAGUCAUACAAAGGAGCUUUUCCCUGGAGGUGCCAUACGCCAGCACUGGAAUUUCAUGUCACGUUUCAAAUCCCAAACUCAGUAGUCCUCACACUCCACAUGUGCACAUUCAUUUGUCUCCUUGCUGCCCAGCUAAGUUGCCCAGCUCUUUUACUGAUGUCAACACAAGGCACGAAGGGAUUAACAUGCAAAAGAGUCCGGUUGAAAACACCAAGACACGGGAUGACUUUCUGGGACAGGUGGACGUUCCCUUAAACCAGAUACCGACAGAAAAUCCUAAUACAGAAAGGCCAUACACAUUCAAGGAUUUUCUGCUUCACCCACGAAGCCACAAGUCCAGAGUCAAAGGUCACCUGCGUCUCAAAAUGACAUAUCUGCCAAAAAACCCAGGCUCAGAAGAGGAAACGGCAGAACAGGCUGAGAACAUCGACCCUGGCUGGGAGUUUCUGGAGUCUCAGGACAUGUCGGGUCCCAGACAGAGCCAGCUGCUGCCUGCUCUGCCCUCUGGCUGGGAGGAGCGGGAGGACAACCUGGGAAGAACCUUCUUUGUCAAUCAUGAGAGCAGAAGCACACAGUGGACACGACCCACAACCCAGGAAGGUGAUGUGACCGUGCAAAGAAGGCCGAACAGUAAUAUGGAUGCGGAGCAAGCUUUCAAUACACGCAGAAGACAGAUCUCAGACCCAGAUGAGAACCCUGCACGAGAGUCUCCUGAGAGCUGGGAGAUCAUCACGGAGGACGAGUCCACCAUGUUCCACAGCAAUAACCCGCUCGCAUCGCCCCCACCACACGGGCCUGCAGAGUUCCAGCUGUUCCACGACGAGCUCAGAAACAGCACUCACUUUUCUGGGGCCACAGCUGUCGAGCCGCGCGCCUCCCACACGCAUCAUGCAACUAACUCAAGUCAUUCCAGUCGCAGAGGAAGUGCCCCAACUUCAACGGGAGAAGAACAUCCUGUUAACCCUGUGCAUAUUCCAACCGCAGCCGUGCUGCCUUCAGGAUGGGAGGAGAAGCGAGACAGUAAAGGAAGACGCUACUUUGUCAACCACAACAGUCGAAGCACUUCAUGGUCACGCCCCCUCAUUCAGAAAACCACAGAAGCACCAGCAGUAGUGGCACCAGCGGUAGCAGCAACAGCACCACCAGCAGCAGCAGCAGCACAGAGUGGUGCAGGUGUACCCCAGAGCCAGGCUCCACCCAUGUCCCCCGGGGACUCUCCCUCGCAGCACCCCCCAAGCACAGAGGCCACACAUGACUCUGGCUCCCUGCCGGCUGGUUGGGAGGUUCGCAGCGCUCCCAGUGGAAGACCCUUCUUCAUUAACCACAACACGAAGACUACUACCUGGGAGGAUCCCAGACAUCCCAAAAUUCCUGUGCUAAUGAGGAAGAGACCCUCACUCGACCCAUCUGAUCUCGGCCCUCUGCCGCCUGGCUGGGAAGAGAGGAUCCACAGUGAUGGGAGGAUAUUCUACAUCGACCACAACACCAAGAACACACAAUGGGAUGAUCCCAGACUGCAGAACUCAGCGAUAACCGGACCAGCAGUGCCUUAUUCCAGAGAUUAUAAACAGAAGUAUGAUUACUUCCGGAAGAAGCUGAAGAAGCCGGUGGACAUCCCGAACCGCUUUGAGUUGAAGCUGAAGCGGAAUGCGGUGCUGGAGGACUCGUACCGACGCAUCCUGUCAGUGAAGAGGGCCGACCUGCUGAAGGCAAGACUGUGGGUGGAGUUUGAAGGAGAAAAAGGACUGGACUAUGGCGGUGUGGCCAGGGAGUGGUUCUUCCUCAUGUCCAAGGAGAUGUUCAACCCGUACUACGGACUGUUUGAGUAUUCUGCCACAGACAACUACACACUGCAGAUUAACGCCAACUCAGGUUUAUGUAACGAGGACCACCUGUCAUACUUUAAGUUCAUCGGUCGGGUGGCGGGCAUGGCCGUGUAUCAUGGCAAACUGCUGGAUGCCUUCUUCAUUCGGCCUUUCUACAAGAUGAUGCUGCAGAAGCCGAUCAAUCUCCAGGACAUGGAGUCCGUUGACAAUGAAUAUUUCAACUCCUUGAAGUGGAUUUUGGAGAACGACCCGACGGACUUGGAUUUGAGGUUUGCCAUCGACGAAGAGCUGUUUGGACAGACCCACCAGCAUGAACUGAAGCCGGGCGGCUCAGAGAUCGUCAUCACUAACGACACCAAGAAGGAAUACAUCCAUCUGGUGAUGCAGUGGAGGUUUGUGAACAGGAUACAGAAGCAGAUGACCGCCUUCAAAGAGGGAUUCUUUGAGUUGAUACCACAAGAUGUGAUCAAGAUCUUUGAUGAGAACGAGCUCGAGCUGCUCAUGUGUGGUCUUGGAGAUGUCGAUGUGAACGACUGGAGAGAGAACACCAAGUACAAGAACAGCUACUGCUCCAACCACGCUGUUAUCCAGUGGUUUUGGAAAACGGUGCUGUUGAUGGAUGCAGAAAAAAGAAUCCGGCUCUUGCAGUUUGUGACGGGAACUUCCAGGGUCCCGAUGAAUGGCUUUGCUGAACUCUACGGGUCUAACGGACCACAGCUGUUCACCAUCGAGCAGUGGGGAACGCGUGAGAAACUCCCUCGAGCCCACACAUGCUUCAAUCGACUGGACCUGCCUCCUUACGAGUCCUUUGAGGAGCUGAGGGAGAAACUUCACAUCGCCAUCGAGAAUGCACAAGGCUUCGACGGGGUGGAUUAGAGCUCGUGGUGACUUUACUGCGCGAUGUGGUGAAGACGUGUAAUGAUGAGAAAAAACAAGCUGUGCGAGAGAAUGUUGUCUUAACCUGCCAGCUGUGUGACAGAUGAAGGACAGUCACACAACCUUCACGUUGGUCCUCUGUCGAGCCACAUGUGAAGAGAGGACAGUGCAUCUGGAGGAACGGGGUUAUUUAAUCACUCUACAUGUUUUAAAGUUUACAAAGAAAAAAUGCAAAGCUGUAUAUUGUAUGACAAAAACAUCUAACCUUUUUUAAAAAGUUUAAUUUGGGCUGAAUUGCCUCAGAAAGCGUUGCGCUCCGAUUCUCUCAUCAGGUACAUGUACGAUUUUGUCUUUGCGUUGUUUUUGGUGUUAACAUAAUUUCGGCUGUCGCUCCCAAAUCCCUGAACUCGUUGGAGUCAACAUUGUGUCAAAUGUUUUUCAACAAAAAAACUUAAAUAAUCAAUUGGCAAUUCAACCUGGAUUAAACAUGUUUUCCUAACAUUAAAUUCUAUACAUAAUUAUACAUUUUUCAUUCCAUCACACACAUAAACAUAUGCACCUCAAAAGCAUUGACAGUCGAACAUGUGCACGUUGUAGAUGCGUUUGAGCGAAUACACUUAAGGAAAGUGUCUAAUUUUAUUAGUAUAGUAGCGAUGUAAUAAUACCAGGACCAGCAAAAGGCUACAUUUAAUAUACUGUCGUUUGUAACUGACUUCAUGCAGUGUUAGAUUGUGUGAAAUUGUUAGGCACAAUUGUACAUAUCGACAUGAGCUAAUUGAAUAUCAUCCAAAAAAACUAAACUGUAGAUAUGAAUUGAACUUUACCUUCUCCAAAAUUAUAAAGUUAGAAAUAACGGUUAUUGGUGCACCUCCUACAUUAAUACAUAUUUCAACGCUAACUUUGUGUAUCAGAGAAUUAAACAAAUGUAUUCACGCAUAAUAUCCAACAGGCUUACCUUUAUCACAAACGUUGCAUACAAUAAUGUUAGAAAUUCAGUUUUGUCAAUGAGUGAUUUUGUUUUGUUUUCCUCGACUCGUGUUUGUCUAAUUGCAGCACGGUGCUCUAUUUUUAAGAGUACAACUUUAAAAAUUGUUGGUUGUCAAAAUAUGUACAGAUUAUUGUCCGCUUUCAAAAUGAGUAAUCACUUGUUAAUACCUUUUGUAGGAACGCAACUGUUCUUUCGCAGUAGUUUUAAUAUUUUCUGAAUGGCAACACGUGUUUACACGACCUGCCGUGUUUACAGGUCAUUGAUAAAAGAAGAUAUCGUGGGCUGGUUCUUGUCUCUGACAACACAAUUUUAUACUUUAUGCUUUUAUACAGUCAAGCACUUUGUUGAUAUCGAUGAGUCUUACUUCUAAACUGUCUGAAUCUUUGCCAAUCUGUCACCUGCAGACCGCUUGAAUCGCUCUUUAAGAAAAUGAUCCUAUGCUUCAAGUGCACGUCUUUAAAUGUUUACAUGUGAACAUUGCUGAAAAUAAGCACAUUCUCUUCUUUCACUUAUAUAUAAAGUUAAAUACAGAGGCCUUCGUUUGUAAUGUAUUGUAGAAUUUGAUUAUUAAUGUUUUAAUCUCUAAAUGUAAGUACUGUUAUAUAGCUAUUGUCUACUGAAGAAUAUUGAAUAGAUCAACACUUAAGUUCUGAAAUAUCAGAUUUGUAUUAUUAUAGAAAUUAAUUAAAACACCUAUAAGUGCAUUAAAACAACAACAUACAUAUAAGAGAGUUAAAAGGGUUGAAUCAACGGUAGCUGUCGAAUCCCCAUUUGAUGGCAUAUAGCACACCAAAUUCAAUACAAAUAUAUUUGAAAAAUAAAGAAAUAUAAAAAGUUA